UUUCUCAGAAAUCGUAUCACAAACAUGUCAACUUUUACCAAACAAUUCGAUUCCUCCUUUCGCUGACUUAAUUCCAAAUUCAUCAAAUUUAAUUAAAAUUAUGUCAAAUGCAGCCCCAAAAUUAGACGAUAUUUUUUUGCAAUGUCAUUGGACAAAGAAUAAUCGUGAUUGUAAUAAAAUGUUUGUUCCCGUUUUGACAGAACAAGGAAUCUGUUUUGCAUUCAAUUCAAUCAAAUUAACACACUAUCGGACCGAAUUUUACGAAUCCCGUCAAAAAGAUUUUUUCACAAACAAUGCCACUGUCAAUUUGGAUUGGGACCUAGAAAAUGGCUACACCAAAGAAAAACUUUAUAAUUUGGCAGCUUUUCCAUUUCAUACUCCUGGCGAUAUGGAAAGUGUAAAAGUCCUUCUAAUAGAUAAAAAGGACGAUGAAGAUCACAAAUGUCGAGUUCCUUCACAAGGUUUUAAGUUAAUACUUCGCGUUCCAGGAGAUGAACCUCAAAUGUCGAAGAAAUUUGUUAAUGUUCCUUUUGAUCAAAAAGUUUCGCUAACAAUUAAACCCCAAAUUAUGACAACUUCUGAAGGAUUGAGACAUUAUUCGCCAGAAAGACGCCAAUGUUACUAUCAAAAUGAACGAUAUUUAAGAUUUUUCACGGUCUACACUCAAGCCAAUUGUGAAAUGGAAUGUCAGGCUAAUACGAGCCUUUUUAGAUGUGGAUGUGUCAAAUUUUCAAUGCCAAAAAAAUCAGGACAUGCAGUUUGUGGUAUUAAAAAUGCUGAAUGCUUUGAAGAUAUUACAAAAAAUUUUGGUAAAUGGAAAUUUAUGUCAAAAUCAAAUAUUUAUGGCAGUGAUAAUGAAGAAAGAACAUGCAUUGACAGUUGCUUGCCAACUUGUUUAGAUAUUAAAUACAAAGCUGAAAUUGAACAUCAAGUUCCAUAUGAUCAUAAUUAUACACGAGAUACGAGACUAACUGAAAUAACAAUAAAAUUUGAAGAUGAUGUCAUUAAUGGUCUAACACGUUCAGAAUUGUAUAGUACAAUUGAUUUUAUUGCAAAUUGCGGUGGUUUGUUGGGACUUUUUAUGGGUGUAUCGAUUUUGAGUGUGUUUGAAAUUUUGUACUUUUUUACAAUAAGACUAUUGUGGAACUUGAAAUCAAGACAACAAAUAGAGCCUUUUGAUUCGAAGAAGUUUAAGGAAACUGUAUAAGUUAA